UUCAUCUUUUUUUAUCGAGGGCUUUAAGGUCAUAGUUAAAUAAGGGCUUUUAUUCUGAAAAACCAUAUGAAGACUCCCUCAGCGGAAGUCAGGUUUCUUGUUUUUUGAGCUGAGGAAGAAGGUGACGACGAUGAUGAUGAUGGAGGGAGGAGGAGGAGGAAGAGGAGGGCUGAUGUGUGCUGAUCAGCAGCAGGUCUGAUGAUGAGGGUGAUGAUGAUGAUGAUGAUGAUGGUGAUGAAGAUGGUGAUGAUGAUGAGGAUGAGGAGGAUGAUGGGGGUGAUGCUGUGAGUCAGAGAGCGGAGGUUCAGGAUGCUCACAGCCGCUCCAGAGUGAGGAAAGCCCGCACACAGAGGACCGAGGCUCCGCGGAGACACGGUGAGUCCGCUCACAUCACACCGACACUCGAGCUCCUUCAGCGGGCAGAGCGCAGACAGCAGCCCGGGGGCAGAGCUCCACAGCCGGUCUGAUUUCUCCAGCCGGCUCGGUGCUGCCGGGGCUCUGAUUUCAUAACUGCGUGUGUGUGUGUGUGUGUGUGUGAUGGUGCACUUUCAUCCAAGACACUGGUUGCGCGUGCCCAGCUGUGCGCGCGCGCGUGCUGUUGAAGGCAGUCAGACUAAUGAGUCUGAUGAGAGGAGAUAACGAGGCCGACUGAAGAGCAGGGAACAAAGCAGCGGGUCAGCUGAGUGUCUGGGCGCGUGCGUGUGUGCGUGCAUGUGUGUGCACGUGUGUUGUAUAAGCAUGUUUCCUGUCGUGAAGGCAGAGAGCAUGAGAGCCCACCAGAACCAGAGUCCUGAGACUGGACCCCGGGUACCAGUACCAGGUACCAGUACCGGGUACCGGGCUUUAAGAUGAGACACUCUCCUGCUGUUACUGAUUUAGAUUAAAAGAGUCUCUGAUUGGUAAAAAGUUCACAUGCAGUCAUAAAAGAGGAGAUGGUGAAGGUAGAAUACUGUAACCUGGUUCAGGUAGUUCUUGUCAGAGGUGAAUAAAGGAGAACCAGAACGGAGGAGGACAGGGAGUUCUUUAGAGUCCACCAGGUCGAAACACUCGGUCUGGACGAGUUCAGUCUAAAGUCUUCUGCUGAUCUUAGAGAGGUGUUGGUUUCUGUAGAGAGCGUGUCGAUUCAAAAUCAAAUUUAGAACAGAUCAAAGCAGAAAACAGGAAUAUCUGAACUGAUCGAUCACUUUGAUCCGAUCAAUAACAGUUCAGUGAGAAUACUAAAUAAGGAAGUUCAAUCAUGUCAGCCGUCAUGCAGAGGAAUCGAGCUUUAUGAGUUAUAGUGAUAGAAACGGGACAAAGUUUGAUCACCGUCUGUACUGCAGAGUUUAUCUGUGAUCAGACUUUAUUGAUUAUCUGUUGAUAUAACUGAUUUAUUGAUUGACUGUAUGGUGAUCCACAAACUCAUGUCAGUCAUCUCAGAGUCUCAUGUUCACUCACGUUUUAAAGCUCCAGUGAGAAACUUUCUGUCUGUCUGUGUUGAUUUUGGCGCCCUCUGUGGACAAACUCUGAAAGUGCUGCUGUUAUAAAAGAACUCCUCCUGCUGUCGUUUAUUGAUUACCACCAAGUGAAAAGACAUGAUCAUUUCUCCCUCUGUGUGAUGUUCAGUUUGAAUCUGAUAAAAUGUUGUUUUUAAAACGUCUGUUCUUGUUUUCAUCGAACUAAAUUCUGAAUGUUCUGGAUAUUAAAGAACGACCUUUCAGAUGUAUAAAAAAAGGAGUAACUGGAGACAAACACACGUCUAAAAAAACUCGCUCUGACUCACAUCACUUUAACAAAAACACCGACAACCAAACCAGUGUCACUCCGGUUUGAGUCCAGACCGUCAGAAACUCUUCAGACCAGAUCACAGCGACUCUAACAGGAACUCUCACUCUUCUCCAUCAGGUUUAUAGGAUUUAAUAAUAAUAAUAACUCACAUUUGAACAGACUGAAAUAAUUCAUAAAUAUAAUAAUAAUAAUAUUAAACUUUAAGGUUAAAAACAGCUUCAGUUUCUGUGAGGAGUCAGAAAAGAUUCAGAGAAUAUGAAGGUGGAAAUGUUCAGAAGAGGCUGUGAGUGAGAAUAAAGUGAGAAUGAGAGCUGAAGGUGAGAAACUGUGUGUGUGUGUGUGUGUGCGUGUGUGUGUGUGCGCGUGUGUGUGUGUGUGUGUGUGUGUGUGUGUGAAGGUGACUCGUUCCUUUUUUAGACGCUACAGUCUGGGAUAAUUCUCUGUUUUUAACGUCAGAUUCAGAUAUUUCAUGAUGAGCUCAGAGUCUUUAUUAAAACACUGAGUCUGUCUGUUUGUCUGUUUGUUUGUUUGUUUGUUUGUUUGUCUGUUUGUUUGUUUGUUUGUUUGUUUGUCUGUUUGUUUGUUUACACUUCAUCUGAGUGGACACACAUGUUGUAAACGUUCGUUUAGUGUGGAGUACCACAGGGCUCGGUUCUGGCUCCACUUUGUUGUUUCCUAAAGAAAUCAGACGUCAGUUUUUAUUCCUCUCCCUGUUCAGCCGUGUCGGGGUCUUUGAUUGAUCAGGACAUGUUUGAUGAUGAAGAUGUCGUCAUUAUCUCAGAGGAGUUUGAUGAUGUUGGGCUGUGAAGAUCAGAGUUUUUGGAGGAAACCUCCAGCUCUAUCGAUCAGUUCUGGAUCUCUGCUCCUCUGAGGCCGUGCGCUCUGUGGUGUUUCCCCUGCUGCCCGCCUACGCUCGGGAAGUGAUGUCAUACCAUGUGGGUGGACGGGUUACCAUGACAACGACCCCAGUGAUGAUGAUGAUGAUGAUGGUGAUGACAUGUUUGCACUUCUCUCCCAGUGUUCACAUCUCUGCCGUCCGUCUCUCUCCUCCGAGCGCUGCUACCAGAGCGCUGACAGCUCAUACACACACACUCACAGAGUACAUGCAGGUGUCACCAUGGUAACACACAGAAACACAAUGGAAGCUGACAGGAGGCAGAUUGACUAACGAGCGCCUGAUUAGUCACUGCUGUAAAUCUGAGUGAGAUAAGGAGCGCUGACGUCAGCCGAGCUCAGAAACACCAGAUUAUUACAUGGGGUUUGGUUAGGGUGUCAAUGAGAGGGAGAUGUCAUUAUCUUCCUCAUCAUCCUCAACAUCGUCAUCAUCUUCAUCCUCACCAUCAUCCUCACCAUCAUCAUCAUCAUCACUAUCAGCUAGGCUUAGAAACGCCGGAUUAUUACAUGAGGUUUGGUUAGGGUGUCAAUGAGAGGGAGAUGUCAUCACCUUCAUCCUCAUCCUCAACAUCAUCAUCACCUUCAUCCUCAUCCUCAACAUCGUUAUCAUCAUCAUUAUCAGCCGAGCUCAGAAACGCCGGAUUAUUACAUGAGGUUUGGUUAGGGUGUCAAUGAGAGGGAGAUGUCAUUAUCUUCCUCAUCAUCCUCAACAUCGUCAUCAUCUUCAUCCUCAACAUUGUCAUCAUCAUCAUCAUCAGCCGAGCUCAGAAACGCCAGAUUAUUACAUGAGGUUUGGUUAGGGUGUCAAUGAGAGGGAGAUGUCAUUAUCAUCUUCAUCCUCAACAUCGUCAUCAUCUUCAUCCUCACCAUCAUCAUCAUCAUCAUUAUCAGCUAGGCUCAGAAACACCAGAUUAUUACAUGAGGUUUGGUUAGAGUGUCUAUUAGAGGAAGAUAUCAUCAUCAUCAUCAUCAUCACCUGACCCUGACCUUGAGUCUGACCCUGAGUCUUCGCCGCGGUGUUCAGAGUUUCACUCGUCCAUGAAUCUGAACCUCACCUCUAACUUUGUUCUUCUUCAGUAUUCAGGCCCGUUAACCAGAGCAGCAGGUCGACCCAAACUCCCAGCAUGCCUGAGCAGAGUAACGAUUACCGGGUGGUGGUGUUUGGAGCGGGCGGCGUGGGGAAGAGCUCGCUGGUCCUGCGGUUUGUCAAAGGCACGUUCAGAGACACGUACAUCCCCACGGUGGAGGACACGUACCGACAGGUGGGACCUGAACGCCGUCCGCCCCCUGAUGAUGAUGAUGAUGAUGAUGAUGUGUUAUUGAUGUACCCGCUGCAUUAUUGAUCAGCACCUGUUCCCUCUGCAGGUGAUCAGCUGUGACAAGAGCGUCUGCACGCUGCAGAUCACCGACACAACAGGAAGUCACCAGUUCCCCGCCAUGCAGCGCCUCUCCAUCUCCAAAGGCCACGCCUUCAUCCUGGUUUACUCCAUCACCAGCCGCCAGUCCCUGGAGGAGCUCAAGCCCAUCUACCAGCAGGUCUGAGCGGGUUACUGGGUCUCCUUUAGUCCAGAUGGUUCUGAUUUAAAACGGCGUUGGUUGGCGGUCAGCAGCAGAUGGUCGAGAGUUUAGAUCCUUCAUGAGUUCCUGGACUCUCUGAGCGAGUGGGACGGUUUUAGAAACCGGUCCAGAAAGUCCAGAACUGUCUAACUGUGAUGAGUUCAAACUAAUCCAUGACUGACGUGAUCUCUGUCCCUCCAGGUCCUCGCCAUCAAAGGCACCGUGGAGUCCAUUCCCAUCAUGCUCGUGGGCAACAAAAGCGACGAGACGGCGCAGCGCGAGGUGGAGACGAAGGAGGGUCAGGCUCAAGCCAACGCCUGGAAGUGUGCCUUCAUGGAGACGUCGGCCAAGACCAACACCAACGUGAAGGAGCUGUUCCAGGAGCUGCUGUCUCUGGAGAAGAAGCGGGACAUGAGUCUGAGCAUCGACGGGAAACGCUCGGGGAAACAGAAACGAGCCGACAAGCUGAAGGGGAAGUGCAGCAUCAUGUAGAGCGAGGACGCCGCCGCCGCCGAGAAAACGCCGAAUGUUAAAGACGACACGGGAGGAGGGAGAGAGAGUCCUCUUCCUCCUCCUCCUCCUCCUCUUCUUCUUCUUCUUCUUCUCCGGUGGAUCUCAUCCUUCGUCUGUCUGAACUCUGGAGCCCAGAGGAACAAAACACAGACGGACCAAACUUUACAGCCGAGCUGAACCAGAACCAGAACCAGAACCAGAUCCGUUCUGUAGCCCCCUGAAAGAGUUUACACAGCAGACCAAACUGCUGCCAUCGUUCACCAUCACGCUCAUGAUAUUAAAGGAACAGUCCGCGUUUUUUCACCCUGAGCCUCAAAGACUGAAACUGAAACUGAAACCGUUUAACGCCUGAAACCACAAACUAGGGCCAGAAAAUUCUGAUUAUUUUGGAGCUGAAAUAUUUAUUUCACUUACGACUGAAAAUCAAAACAAAUCAAAAUGUCCUUAAAAUUAAACAAAUAUAUUUACAUUUGGAAACUGAUCAACUACAAGAGGACAUUUUUAUCUUUUAUCUGACUGUAUUCAGGUGUUUUUUUAGUAAUUUUUUGAUCAAAUUGAUUUGAUAAAAGUUUAUAAAAGUAUUUAUCAAAUAUGAAACAAAAGGCAUUAAAGGGUUAACUAAAAAAAAACAGAAACAGGUGAAUUAUUAUUGAGUUCUUAUGAUCCAGAUACUGAGAGUCUGCGCUCGGUCCUCUUCAGCUCUGGGUGAGGCCUAACGUUGCUGACAUGCUAACAACAUUUAGUCUCUAAGUCUACGUUCUCUCUGCAGGUUCUGAUCCACAGUUCAGAUUUCUGUUCAAUCCGAUCUUUUUGUGCGGUCGUUCACGUUACAACAACGAAUGUGUCUGUGAAGUGACCCUCAUGAACACAAAGCAGGACGUGACGUGAUGUUUGUCGAACAAUGGUGACGUUUGUCUCAUAUUGAUGACGUAAAGGUCGGAUAAACGCGACCUGAGCGUCACACUGCAGUCACAUCAGAUACAUAUCUGAUUUAUAUCCACAUACAGAAGAGGGUCGGAUCAGAACCAAUCAGAACUGACCUGCAGUCUGAACACAGACUUAAUGUCGUACCUUUAGUCUGGUUGGUGCCCCCUGGUGGAAGAGGAGGGUAAAGGUGAAAAAACAGCGAAAUAUUCCUUUAACUGAUGAGCCGUGACAUCCCCGCCAUGAUUGUUGUUGACUGAUCGUCUUCACGCUCAGGUCUGUUUCCUGUGGUCAUCAGAUGAACGUCUGCGGGCCGCGUGUUCGUACAGCGGAGGAUCAGGACUCCCCCAGGAUCAGGACUCCCCCAGGAUCAGGACUCUUCACUGAGGCCUCGAUGGUUCCCUCAAGCACAAACCGCCUCUUUGUUUUCACCCGUUAGCAUAAAACGCGAAGCUGCUAACGGACCAGCAGCUCCGCCUGUAAAUACCGUUUAAAGGACCAGUCCACGGUUUUUGAAUGUUCAUAGUCCUGAUACAGACCAGGUUUAGCCUAGCUUAGCACUGAAAACUCCGCCUUCACGUCAUCAUCCUGUAACAGCGUUGAACAGACUCGUACCCGAGGACGACCUGGAAUGUCUCUGAUGUCCUGGUGCAUUGUGGGUUUUGUGACCUGAAGAUUAGCGUUAAAGCCUUACCUGAAUGUUUACCUUUCUUAUAGAGGAGCUCGAACCUCCGACCUUCUGUCAGAUCCAUUAAAGUUCAUUUUUAAGACCUCUGUGUGUGUUUCCAGGUUUUUCCAGGUGUCUGAUUUGUGAUUCCAGGGGGCGCUGUUUCUAACCCCAAGUGUCCACCACAUCCUGAACGUCUACGAAAAGGAGAUUUUUCACAAAACCAAUGAAAUCUCAAAUUUGGAUGUUUGUGCAAAAAACGGUUUGGGGUCAGGAAGUCUGGUCAGUCCUGGUUUCAGGUCUGGUUUUAGGGAACAUGAGGAGACCUCAGAGACCUGAGGGGUCCAAAUCAAACCAUGUAGGUCCUGUUUAGAUAGAUUUAAUCUUGGAGAUCCAACCAUACGGUAAACCACCCAAGUGUGUCAGAAUCUUCAGGACCCUAAAUCACAUCUCCACUCGCCGAGUAAAAACCACCAACGGCACGACCGAUGACUUUGACAUCGU